AUCCUGUCCUGUAGCUCAAUCACCAAAAGCUAAAGCCUCACCUAAUCAAAAAGUCUCACCAGCUGCCAUUGCUCUAACCACACGCAUUACACUAGUUUUAGGCUUUUAGCAAAUCUCACAUCCCAAUAAUCAUCAACUUCAUAUAAAAUAAAGAUCAAAUCUUUUUCACUAAACAAGAAAAAAAUCAGAUCUUUUUGACAAUGCAAACUCAAACACAACCACCCAACACCACCAUCUACUACCUCUCCACCACCAUCAUCUUCUCUCUCCUCUUCAUUCUCUAUCUCUCCACAUUCUCUCCCACCCCUUCUCUCUCCUCUGACCCUUUUCUGUUUCCACACCACCCCACCAAUUCUUCAACCCCAUCAAUAGCUUACCUCAUUUCUGGGUCAAAGGGUGAUUCGGGUCGGGUCAUCCGGGUCUUGCUCUCAGCUUACCACCCCAAGAACCAGUACUUACUUCACCUUGAUCUUACAGCUUCGAAAGCUGAGAGGGAAAAUUUGGCACUUGAAGUUGAGCAAGUUCCGAUUUUUAAGGCUGCCAAGAAUGUUAAUGUGAUUGGCAAGGCUGAUUUUAGAGACCCAUAUGGUUGCUCUUCUGUUUCAGCUACUUUACAUGGUGCUGCGAUGCUUCUUCGUCUUUCGGAGAAUUGGGAUUGGUUUAUUAACCUUGAUGCUCAUGAUUAUCCACUUGUGACACAAGAUGAUCUGCUUCACAUUUUGUCAUACCUUCCUAAAGACCUGAAUUUCGUAAAUCACACAAGCUACAUAGGCUGGAGAGAUUCCCGAAGAUUGAAACCGAUAGUUGUUGAUCCUGGUCUCUAUCUAUCACAAAAACAUGCAAUUUCUUAUGCUUCACAGAAGCGGGAGCUGCCAGGUGCCUAUCGAUUGUUCACAGGUUCAGGGUCUGUUAUAUUGAGCCGCAAGUUAAUCGAGUUUUGCAUAUUAGGUACAGAAAACUUGGCCAGAACUCUACUUAUGUAUAUAUCAAACACCCCUUCACCCCAAUCUGUGUACUUCCAAACUUUAAUAUGCAACUCCCAGCAAUUCAGUAGAACCGUCAUCAACCACAAUUUGCAGUAUUCUGCCUUAGGUGUUCGAAAUGAACCCCGACAUCUUAAUUCCACUGACCUCCAUCACCUAAUCGAUAGUGGAGCUGCAUUUGCCUCACCAUUUCUCCCUGACGACCCGGUCCUCGACCUCAUUGACGAGAAGAUUCUAGGCCGCGUGCCAGGAAAACCAGCACCUGGUGGCUGGUGUGUAGGUGGGAACGGAAACGACACGUGUCUGGAAUGGGGUAAUGCGGAGGUUUUGAGGCCAGGUCCAGGAGCAAGAAGGCUCGAGAGACUCUUUCUUGACCUGCUAUCAAACGGGACGCUUGGGUCUGAUCAAUGUGUAUUAAUGUGAGAUCGUAUAAUGUUUUGUGUUCAUUAGUUGUAUAAAUGUGAGAUCGUAUAAUGUUUAGUGUUCAUUAGUUUAGCUCAUUCUUUUAAUGUUCAUGUAAAAUUGCUACCGGUGUUUGAUUAGGCGAUUAGCUAAUCGGAAUUGAGAGUUGUCGAAUGCAGCCAUUAGACA